UAAUAACCACUUUAGUUAAUGCCAAUCACAAUGCCUCUCACUCUAAGGAAUAAGCUCAAGACUCUUUGUUCUUCUGUUGAUGCUUGGUCUUAUGCUAUUUUCUGGCGCUUUCAUCCACGCAAUUCCUUGUUGUUGACUGUUGAAGAAGCAUACUAUGAAGAGCAUCUGGGAGAAGAGAUCGCCGACAUGCAUCCACAGGUCCACUUGCUGGGUGAAGGAAUUGUAGGUGAAGCUGCUUUCACGGGUAAACACAGUUGGGUGCACUCAGAUGGUCAAACUCAUUAUUGGAAUCCGACUGGGCAAAGUAUUUGUGAAGAUGAUUCUUGUUUGCAUCAACAGUUUUCCUCCGGGAUAAAGACUAUUGUGGUCAUACCUGUCAAAGCAUUAGGAGUGAUACAGUUUGGAUCCAGAAAUAAGAUUUUGGAGAGAGUGGAAUUUUUAGAGCAAACACAAAGCAUGCUCACAGAAAUAGAUGAUGAUAUGGGUAUGUUUGACAUGUCAGAAAAUGCAGUUUUACCACUGGACUGUGAGAAUAAUGAUUUAAAUGGGAUGUUGGCUUCCAUUUCUUCUGCUAGUCCCAACGAUCCUUUCCCUUCUCAUUAUAAAAACUAUGAAGAAGCAAUGGCUUCAUUUCAAGGAGAUUCUUCGUAUCUUGGUGACCAAUUGAAAGGUACCACGGAAGCACAAGUUGUAUGGUCAGACAGGAAUAGCAUUGAUGUGCUUUUGAAGCAUAACUCUUCUACUGACAACUUCAUUGCCAAAACCCCCUAUCUUGGUGUGUGUGAUGGUGAAUUAUCUUCUUUUGAUUUGUUGGAGCAACUACUGGUUUCCAGUGUAAGGCCACAAGAUGUUGCUGAUGCGUGUUUUAUGAAUGGAAAUGCAUCUUCUACCAGCAAACUUCCAGUUCAGGAUUCGGCACUGGUCCCAUUCUGCAGUAUGGACAGAGGGUCAUUUCAAGGAAAAUUGCAAAAUUCACUGGAUAACCAAUAUUCAAAUCAGUCUAGUGUUGUGACAGACGUUGAUUUUUCUUCUACUUCAUAUGCAUUGCAUGGACACUCUGAGAGCAUAGAGCCAGUUGAUAUGUCAGAAGAAAUUUUGAAGUUCAGCUCCAUGGAUGAUCUUUGCCACUGGUUUGGUCCUUCUUCAGAGGAUAGCAUCUGCAAAGCGGUAAUUGCAAUGGAUAACAAAUUUUCUGAAUCAACGGAAUUUAAUCCCACUUCCUUUGAUCUGGUUGGAAGUAGUUCUUUAAAUGAUGUUUUAGUGACAGGCCUAGCUGGGUAUAAUUCAAACUCAGAUGGGAAUGAAACAUCUGUGGUUAUGCAGAACACUGAAAAAGGUCCGCUGGAUUUCAUGGAAAUUGAUUUUAGCUAUGAACAAGCCAAUGAAUGGUGGGGGAAUACACUUACACCAGUGGUGAGUGGUGUUACUGAUACUGGCUUUUCUGAAAGCAUAUCAGAGUUGAUUUCUGAUACUCUGCCAGGCACCCGGAAGAGAUUAUUCUCAGAGUUGGGAAUUGAAGAGCUUUUGAGGGGUGGAGCAAAUUACUAUCCAGUCAAUAGUUCGGAAUUUGAGUGUGGAUUAUCACCCAAUAAGAGGCAGACAAUAGAAUCUUCAUCUGUGAAUGGAAGUACAAGAGCAGAACUGAUGCAACCUCUUUGUGACUUAGACAGCGCAAACAAUCUUCCAAGCAAGAAAGAUACAUUCUCAAAAUUACAAGCAGCAACUUGGAUUGAUGAUAGCCAUAGCAUUAACAUUAGAAAGGCUGUUCCAAAACACCCUCAAAAGGCAGAGGAACACGCAAAGCCCACCAAGAAGAGGGCUAGACCAGGAGAGAGCCCUCGACCACGGCCAAAAGAUCGUCAGCAAAUCCAAGACUGCAUUAAAGAAUUGAGAGGAAUCAUCCCAAAUGGUGGAAAGUGUAGCAUUGAUUCUUUGUUAGACCUCACCAUCAGAUAUAUGCUUUUCUUACAAAGUGUUCUCAAGUAUUCAGACAAGUUACGAGAACCAAAUGAGCCGAAGCUUAUAGAACAGGAAAAUGAAGUGGUUCUAAAAGACAGUGGUGUCGCGGAUAGCAAAAACUGUGGCAUUACAUGGGCAUAUGAAGUGGGACACGAAACAAUGCUAUGCCCCAUUAUAGUUGAAGACAUGAGUCCACCAGGCCAAAUGCUUAUAGAGAUGCUUUGUGAGGUGCAGGGUAUAUUCCUUGAGAUCAUUGACAUAAUUCGGGGUUUUGGACUGAAUAUAUUGAAAGCCAAGAUGGAAAGAAAGAAGAACAAACUAUGGGCACGCUUUAUUGUUGAGGCAAACAGACAUGUGACAAGGAUAGAUGUGUUUUGGUCCCUUAUCCAUCUUCUACAACAGACAAACACCUCCGGCAUUGAUUCUUCCAACAAGAAUUGGGAUGCUCUUCAUGCCAAUAGCAUCAAAUCGUAGGAACAUGGUCCAUGUCUGUACAUAAAUUGUAGAUUAGGAUACACUUAGCAAAAUCUGUAGGUGAUCAAUUCCCAACUAAAUUCCCAAGGAAGAGGCUGUGCAGGUGAUGAAUUGAAAUUAUGUAUACUGUUGAGCUUUAUCUUGUCAACUGUGUUUCAGAGGGCCAAAAGUUAAGAGUGACCCAAAUCAGCA